AUGAAGAUACUUUGUAUUUUCCUAAUCUUUGUCUUCACUGUGUCUUGUGGUCCAGCAGUGAACAAACCUGGAUUUAUGAAAAAAGCAAGAGAAAUUGAAGAGAGAAAAAGAGAAUGUUUCCUUGUUCGGGGUUCUUGCAAGACUUCAUGCAACUCCUGGGAAUACAAAUAUAAUUUCUGUGAUAUAGAGCCGUGCUGUGUUGUACGGGAAUAUAUAAAGCCAACCAUUAAACGCACUACUACUGGUACAGCUCAUAAGAGAGCAGAUUUUAAUUAUACUACAUGA